AUGGUACCUGCUCAUGCACGGGACAAUAGCACGGUAAUCCCAGUCUUGUUGUUGAAGACCGAGAGUAUUCCCACGGAUGCAUACCGAGAGCUCUUCUCGUCGGCGGCUGAUCCAGUGUUUGACCCUCGAUUCGUGCCUGUCCUACAGCAUCGCUUCGAGGAUACGGGCCUGGCGAACUUUGAGAAUCUCAUAAGCCACAAGCAGAUUUCGGACGAUGUUGUGUCCAAGUACGGUGGGAUCAUCUUCACAUCUCAACGUGCUGUUGAAGCUUUCACCAAGCUUGUCAAUGAGAGCACAGGCUGUGACGGCAUGCUCAAGGGGUUAGGUAUCCUAGAUCCACAAACGGGACAGGCGCUGCCGACGGAGGAGAGGAGAUCAAGGACAUACGUGGUCACGAUUGGGCCGACGACGCAGCAAUUCUUGAGAGACAGCUUUGGUUUCGAACCAGAUGCCAGCGCUGAGAAGCCCUCUCCCCAGGGCGUCUGGGAGAGCAUACAGAAUCACAGGAAUUCGCGAACACGGUGA